GGCUACUCGCAUCCAGCUCCUGCCAAUCCGCAUGUCAUCUCAGGCACUGUGGGAUCGACGAUGUCAGGACUUGACGUAGCUUCACAAACGCUGCCCAACCUAGCUGAAUUCUUCUAUUCACCUCGUCCUUAAAGUUGUUAGGUCCUAAAAGUCAGCAGAGCAAAGUGAGCAGAAAUCAAUAAAACUAUUUGGUGCUUGCAGGGCCUAUUUAGUGCUAAUUAAGUGCGGUAUUCCAAAAUUAAUUGCGUUUCUUUUUUUUCUGCUAAUGACUGCUCUGCCAGCUUAAGAUAAAGCUGAAAAAUCAGUUAAAUUAAAAAAAACUAUUUGGUGCUUGCAGGGCGCAUUAAGUGCUAAUUUAGUGCGGUAUUUCAGAAUUAAUUGCAAAAAUGUUUUUUCUAAUAAUGGCCGCUCUGCCAGCUUUUGAUAAAGUUAACAGAGCAAAAGCAGAAAAUCAGUCUUAUUGAAAAAAUACUAUUUGGUGCGUGCAGGGCAUAUUUAGUGCUAAUUAAGUGCGGUAUUUUGAAAUUAAAACAUGCUUUGUUGCCCAUUUUUUUAAAGAUUAAUAAAGAUGGGCAACAUGAAAAGGUUUCUUUUCUUCUAAUUUCUUUGUUUUUCAUGUCGUCAUACUCAAACCAAUCAUUAAUCCUUGGACAAAUUGCAGUUAAAUGGCCGACUUGAUGAAUUAAGCUUUCAUGACUGUCCCCCGAUCUCCGUUUUAUUGGCCUGUAGGGUCUUCGAAAAUUUACAAUUCCUGCCCAAUUGUAGGUGACUUCCUCAUUUUUCAACACCAAAUACAAAUUAUUAGGUACUUUCUGCAGUUUUACAUUAAUUAGGCUUCAGAUCAGCAUCCUCAACUUCGAAAAAUAUAAGUGGACCUGUAAAAACACAUGUUAUACAAUAUUUCUUAUUCUGGAAAACAUUAUUAAUGAAUAAAAAAAAUUAGACUGUAUUUGGUUUCCAAAAUUAGAAGAAUCUCAUGAAUUUUAAUAAUUUUGUGCUAGUAUAGUUAUCAUAGCUGACUACGACAAUAUACUGUGCACUUUAUUUUUAUAAAAUCUCUCCCUCUCCUCCUCUCCUCUCCCUGUCAUCAGGUACUCGGCGCAUGAAGCGUCUCACCUGAAUAACAUUUUUCAAACUACCUAUUAAUAAAAAAAAAAAUAUUAGACAAAUCUAUAGGUACAUAUUUCAGCACACCAGUUAUUUCGGUGUCUGAUGCCGGAAUUGUUGCGAAGAGACUUAGCUCUUCUAGAAGUUUUUUAUUAGCAAGGAAAACAUUUGCAUUGUUUGGCAGAUCAAAAGUUAUUCCAAUUUUAUGUUUGUUAAUGGGUCUCAGGUGUAAAACACCCGAGACGCAAUGCUCUCUAAUGGCAUGGGAGAGCGCUAAACGAUCCCUAUCAGAAAACGGGGCGUAGAGUCAACAUUAGCAAGAAACACUAUAAAUUCGGUUUUCUUCGAGUUUUCUGGAUAUCUACGAGAAUACCCUGGAACCUUAUAAACAUCAUAUUUCUUUUCAUUUUCCUCAUACUCGGAAUUAAGAAGAGGAGCAUGUAGAUGAUAUUUUUUCGCCUUACCCAUCUUAUAAACAUGUAUAUACAAUAAAAACUUAUUUAUGCACAAAAAUUCAACUAUUUAGUAAGAUAUAUACACUAGACAAGUAUUAUUUUAAAUAAAUAAAUUCAAUUAAUAAAAAGGACGCCUUUCUCCUUCGAGUUUCCCGAGCGCUUGGAAUAGUUUUUUUUUAGAAGCGUCAUAAAUCAACGUUGACAUUUAUGAUGUUGUCAUAUAAAAAAAAUGAAAUUAAAUCGAUUCAGGUAUAAUCGAUUUUUUUAUAUUUGAUAUAAAGAAUUUGCACUAAAACAUAGUGCUUUGCAAGGUAAAUCAUUAAUAAUUUUUUAAAAGAUUACUGAUACCAUGUCUUAGCUGAAUAUAUUUUAUUUUUAUAAUAGGUCAUUCCUUAUCGAUAUCUUAUUAGCGAUUAAAGAUUUCUAUUGCAUAUUUUCGCAAUGAAUAAUUCAGUAAACGAAGCUACUGAGUACACGCCCUCUUUCUUAGUGUACGGUAGUGAGUUAGUGUUAUGCGGAUCGCACUAUACGGACUCUGACUUAGGUGACGAAGUUUUGUUCUUACCACGCGAAUUAUACGCCGAAAACCGGGUUGUCUCUCUUCAGUAUAAUGAUGUGCAGGCCUCAUUGUGAAAUGCACAUGUGAAGAAUACCACACACUAUAAUUUGCGCAGAAAACAAGCGGAAUACAACGUAGGUGACGUAGUCUUUAAGAGUACAUACAUAUUGAGCGAUAAAGACAAAUACUUCAGUAAAAAGUUGGCUCCUAAAUACAUUUAAUGUCGUGUAAUUGAAAAACGAUCGCCACUUGUAUAUGUCCUAGGAGAUAUGUCCGGAAAAAACAUAGGUGUUUGGCAUAUCAAGUACUACUUAGGGUGUCAGCAUGAGUCAAUAGCUUUAUAAUAACUACUUGUGGAACUAAUAUUUAAAUCCCCCGCCUUUCCAUUUGUUCAACCAUAAUAUUGCAUAUACACUCUGUGGUUCUUUUUUUUUAAAUAUAUUCUCUAUGACUCUGUGGUACAACGAGUGUUAUAAUUUAUUCGAUUCCUUUAUUCAAUAAUAAAGUUAUCAGGUAAAGGGCCCAGUAGAGCCCAGUUGUAAAGAAAAGUGUUUGCAAAGUUAAUUAUAGGCAUAAUCUCUAAUUACAAACAGUUUCGAGCCGACAGUGUACCGACAUUGUAGCAAUUUUCGCUCUCACCAACCAACCCAGGGGUUUUUGCAUGAAACUAAAGACUAAAUUUUUAUACUCAGGGCGCCGAAAUACUGAUAUUUGUGGGAGUUAAAUAAAAAUCUAUAACCGGAGUGAACAAGAUCUAUAUACGAGUAUGUUGUCAAUAUUCAGAAGAUAUUUCAACAUACAUUGACACUCUUAAUACUAUUUAUAGAUAUCUUUGUAUAUCUAUAUAUAUUAAGCUUUUACAAAAUCAAGGAUUAAGAUUAAAUGAUGUACAUAUAACCAAUAACAUGUUUAAAUGUUGAUAUCUUUAAGUUAACAUACUAUAUAAACAUUUGGUUUUAUAAACUGACAAACAAUGUGAUAUAUACUAAUUUAAAUCCUUUGUUAUGUUCUAAGAUACUGAAAUUUUGCUAUUCGGAGAAUGCACUGGUUAAGUAUUAAGUAGGUACAGAUUUUACUGAGCUUUUUCUUUAAGACCUUGGUACCAUCAAGUAGACUCAAAUGUCCUCACGAAUGAAUCAAGACGUGCUGUCAUCACAUGAACACGUUUUUUUUUUCUAGGAUUCAAUUUACAGGCUCAUUUCAUAUAGCGCACUUCUUUAUAUAUUUCCAAAGAAAUUCCGAGCAGUUCUAAUCAAUUGAUUAUUGUAUAGAAAUUUUAUUAGCUUCCUCAAAGGACCCGUUAAUCCGGGGAUAAAUACUUAUAAAAAUUUAACAAUGCACUGACUAUAACUGCCUGUCACUGUGCAAUUAACUAGAUGUUCCAGGGUUCGAUCAGCAAAAAGAGACCUAAUUCGGCUGCGC